GUAGCACACACGCUCAGAAGAUGUCUCCUGGGGGCAGUCACGAGACAGAUGACCAACCUCGCCACCUAAACAAAGUCAGUGACAGUCACUCUUUGUGGGCCGUAUCCACUUACAGUUGUAGCACUUCUGGCCCUGGGUGCAGUCACGGCUCAUGUGACCGAAACCGCCGCACGAAUAGCAGGUGGUCUGGCGAGCACCACCGUAACCACCGGCACCGCCGCCGUAGCCACCACGACCUCCUCCAAAGCCACCGUUGCCGUAGCCGCCUCCCUGGGAGCAGUUGCGGGCAAUGUGACCGACCUGGCCGCACUUGUAGCACUCCUGGCUGCCGCCACCACGGCCUCCCAUUGGGGCACCGCCGUCCUUGGUGCACUCACGAGAGAUGUGUCCAGUGCCGCCGCAGCGAUAGCAAGUCUUCUCAGCCUGAGGAGAACUGCACUCACGGCUAACGUGACCCUUCUCGCCACAGUUAUAGCAGCCACGGCCGCCGGCGCCAGCAGCAGGAGCGGGUGCUUGGUAUUCCAUAUUUGAGUUCGAGGAAGAGACCUAUGCUUGUCAGAUAUUACUUCGCAGUCGCAUGGCACAUGGUGCGGGCAUUGCUCUUACUGGAAGUGUCGUACGAGUAAUGGAGGGAGUGACG